AUGACAGGAAGCUCACAGGCACGAUCUGACAUGGCAGCCAACGGUCCUAUCUCCUGCAGACAGCGGUGUUCUGGAGAUAAUCCAUCUACAGCACCAUUAGACAAUGGAGUAGCACCCACCCAUCCAUCUACUCCUAGCACAGCCCCCAUCGACACCAUCCCGUUGUCCCUCAUACCACCUAGCCGCAGCCCUUGGGCUAGUGGCCCUGGUACCCCUCCAGCUGGUACCCCUCUAACAGUUCCUCUGCCCGCUCAGGCCCCAGUGGUUCUCCAACUUACUCUACACACAGCUUCACGAUCUCCAAAAGUGAGUGCUGCUGAUGGUGGAACCACUUCGCCUUCGAGCAGAGCAGCUGUCCCAGCCCAAGGCCCAUCAGCCUCCUCCUACGUUUGGGGGAUGUCUGAUCUGAUGUCGUUUCACAAGGGCGGUGGCGACGUCUUCUUGGGUAGCGGGGCCAACGGGACGGUACAUCUCUAUCGUCAUUGUGCAACCGACCAUCCGAUCGCGCUGAAAACCUUCGAGCUACCUGACGACAUCAAAGCAAUGACAAGGAAGGCGACUGCCAUCCAGUCGGAAGCUUUCAUCCUUGACGUUCUCGGCAGGGAGGAUUGCUUUCCCACUUUUCUUGGAUGCUUGGAGAUCAGCCCAGGUAAGAUAGGUCUUGCGAUGGAUUUCGUCGGGGAUACGAUGACGGGAGAGUCCUGGACACUGAGCCGUGGCAUGCGAAACCUAGCCCUUAGUCAGCAAUGCUGGCUUGCUCUGGCUCUCGACAUCGCCAAGUCACUAGGUCGCAUCCAUGAGAAAGGCUUUCUCAUGAACGACCUUAAAGAAGAUAACUGCUUGCUCCGGAAGACACCAACUGGUCGGUGGCAAGCAGUUAUCGUGGACUUCGGGCUCGCGUGUCCUUGCGAUGCACCUUACUUCUACCGUUUUUCCGAUGAAAACAAGGAGAAGUACCGUAGAAGGGAGGUGCAUGUCCACAUCGCUCCUGAAUGCGCCCUCGAUGACCGGCUGACCUCGGUCGCGAGCGACGUGUUCCAGCUCGGAAGACUUCUCACCUUAAUGGGAGGUGCUACGACCAAUGCCGAUCUCACCGCCAUCGGCAACAUCUGUCGACAGAGCUCACAACUCUGCCGACCUAGCAUCGAGGAAGUCGUAGCCGAGCUGGAGAGAAUGAUGUAG